AUGCCAUUUCAAUCAAGAGGAGCGGAUGACUUUGGGGACCGAGCAUGCAGACGAGAUCUAGACUUUGUUUCGUUCCUUUUUGGGCUGGCUGCUACAGGGAGAAUCCCGGAUUGUGCCCCUACAUCGAUGCUACAUCAUCGCCGCUUGAGCCGUGGCCCAGUUCAGUAUCUCUCUCCAAGGGCCACAUGGACUAAAGCCAUCCAAAAAGACAAAAAGGAAGACGCUGCUGAGGCUGUUCCAGUAAUGCCAUACGGAAUCGUAUCGUUUCGUCUCGGAGCUGGGUGGUUCAACGUCGCCCCGAACGGAACCCCCCGAGUCGGACCACGCCCUUCACAGCAGAACCCCCGAUAUCAAAACAGUGUCCUUGACCUCCUCUUUGCCCCGGUACCGAGCAGCCCCGGAGGAUGCAACCUCGUCCUUCGCCAGGGAGCCCGAACAAAAUUCGAGGCCAGCCCCAACAUCAAUAUCUUCAGGUCGGACGAUGGCAUCCAUGGCCAGGCCGCGGUGAGCGCCCGUUAUUCAGCUUGCAUUUCAGUAGUGGAUGAAGGAAGUCCGUUUACUUGCGUGUUGGCUAGUAGCCGGCUUACUGAACAUGCCAACGGCGUAGUCAUUCUGGCCGUAGCUGUUUGUACAAUCGUCAGUUGGCGCCUGGGCAGGCAAGGUAUCUCAGGCGUCGGCAAGGUUUUCUCCCUGGACGUAGACGUGCUCGAGGAUGCCGCGGUCGCCUCGGCCCCUCGUCUUGUUGUCUUCGCCCUGCGCCCGGCGAGCCGCGUUUCUCCUGCCGUCAUGAACAAGUCCCAACUAUGUGACCUCGAGACCAAGAGCCCCCGUUUCGUCUACAUCUCAACCCCAGCAAGUGGCUCUGCAUCGUCGAUGCCCUCCUUAGCACUGGGUCUAGCUGAGUCUAGACCCGAGGGUUCGGCCCCAAUCGCUGUCCCUCGCGUUGCAAGAGACCAAGCCGUUGCUCCCGGCAUGAUACAAGACCAGUGGAAACCCCGCGACAUAUCUACAUGCGAUGGCCUUUUCAGAGUCUCAAUGUGA